AUGGGUGGUGCGCAGGAUCUAUUUGGGCAACUGUGGAAGGAGUAUGCCCUCUCGGAUUCGCGGUACCUGACUUCCGACCCGUUUGUGCUGUGUAUGGAAACGAUUACAGCGGUGUGCUGGGGCCCCUUGUCCUUCUUCAUGGUCUAUGCUAUCAUCACCUCGCAUCCCUUGCGAUACCCUGUUCAAGCCAUUGUCUCCCUUGGCCAGAUCUAUGGAGAUAUACUAUACUACGCCACAUGCCUCUUUGACCAUUAUUACAAAAACAUGACCUACUGCCGCCCAGAGGCAUACUACUUUUGGUGCUACUUCUUCUUCAUGAACUUCAUCUGGAUUGUGAUUCCCGGUUCAUUACUGUGGGACAGCAUAAGUACUACAGGCAAAGCUUUCAAAGCCCUGAACAGAAUGUCACAGUCACUGCAGGGCAAUGGAUCGGUUCCGAAACCCAAGGCCAAUGGACACAUCAAGCACGCCUGA